ACUGUCCAUAAUUUUAAAGGGUGUUUCGGGACUGUCCAUAAUUUUAAAGGGUGUCUCGGGACUGUCCAUAAUUUUAAAGGGUGUCUCGGGACUGUCCAUAAUUUUAAAGGGUGUCUCGGGACUGUCCAUAAUUUUAAAGGGUGUUGUCUCGGGACUGUCCAUAAUUUUAAAGGGUGUCUCGGGACUGUCCAUAAUUUUAAAGGGUGUCUCGGGACUGUCCAUAAUUUUAAAGGGUGUCUCGGGACUGUCCAUAAUUUUAAAGGGUGUCUCGGGACUGUCCAUAAUUUUAAAGGGUGUCUCGGGACUGUCCAUAAUUUUAAAGGGUGCCUCGGGACUGUCCAUAAUUUUAAAGGGUGUCUCGGACUGUCCAUAAUUUUAAAGGGUGUCUCGGGACUGUCCAUAAUUUUAAAGGGUGCCUCGGGACUGUCCAUAAUUUUAAAGGGUGUCUCGGGACUGUCCAUAAUUUUAAAGGGUGCCUCGGGACUGUCCAUAAUUUUAAAGGGUGCCUCGGGACUGUCCAUAAAUUUUAAAGGGUGCCUCGGGACUGUCCAUAAUUUUAAAGGGUGUCUCGGGACUGUCCAUAAUUUUAAAGGGUGUCUCGGGACUGUCCAUAAUUUUAAGGGUGUCUCGGGACUGUCCAUAAUUUUAAAGGGUGUUUCGGGACUGUCCAUAAUUUUAAAGGGUGUCUCGGGACUGUCCAUAAUUUUAAAGGGUGUCUCGGGACUGUCCAUAAUUUUAAAGGGUGUCUCGGGACUGUCCAUAAUUUUAAAGGGUGUCUCGGGACUGUCCAUAAUUUUUAAAGGGUGUCUCGGGACUGUCCAUAAUUUUAAAGGGUGUCUCGGGACUGUCCAUAAUUUUAAAGGGUGUCUCGGGACUGUCCAUAAUUUUAAAGGGUGUCUCGGGACUGUCCAUAAUUUUAAAGUGUGUUUCGGGACUGUCCAUAAUUUUAAAGGGUGUUUCGGGACUGUCCAUAAUUUUAAAGGGUGCCUCGGGACU